AGGCCCCCACCUACCCCAGCAUCCCCUGCGCGGGGAAGCUGGGUGCCUCGGGGAGUCUGGCCACCAUGCCACCUCCUCUCCUCCUCUUCCUCCUCUUCCUUACCCCCUUGGGAGUCAGGCCCCAGAAAUCACAGCUGGUGGAUGCUAAAGAAGGAAGGAGUGCUCUGCUGCCGUGCCUCACGGUUUCCUCAGGUCCUCCCAAUCAGCCGUCCUGGUAUCGGAAAUGCCAGGAAUCAUUUAUACAGCAGAGCAGAGGGCUGCCAGGCCUGGGUGUCCUGCUGCUCAUCUUCAACAUCUCUGACCAAAUGGGGGGCUUCUACCUGUGCCAACAGGGGACUCCUUCCAAGCAGGACAGGCAGUCUGGCUGGACAGUCAGUGUGAAUGGCAGCGAGGAGCGGUUCUGGUGGAACGCUUCAAACAUAGAUGCCCCACACUGUGACCUGGGGAACAGGUCCUCAGAGGACCGCAGGCCCUCUUCUGAUCGCUUCACGAGCUCCUGGCUGUAUGUAUGGACUGAAGACCACCCUGAGAUUCUGAAGACAGACCCUAACUGUGGCCUACCUGAGGAGAGCCGAAACCAGAACCUCAUCGUGAGACCUGGUGACACUCUUUGUCUGCCCUGUGGGGUGCCUUCUGCCUCCGUGGCCAGAGGACCCAUCUCCUGGAUCUACGUGCAUCCCAAUAAGCCUAACAACUCAUUACUGACUGUAAACCUGAGCGAGGAUGCUUCAGUCAGAGAGACUCGGGUCUUGAACACCCUCAGGGGAGGGGCUGUUCUGUGGCUGCCCCAGGCCACAGCUAGAGAUGCUGGCAAAUAUGAUUGUAAGCUUGGCAAUACUACCAUUGAGAUGAAGCUGAAGGUCACUGCCCAGUCAGCAAUACGGCAUUGGCUGCUGGAGGCUGGCGGCUGGAAAGUCCCUACUACGACUUUACUUUAUCUGAUAUUCUGCAUGGGUUCCCUUGCGGUCUUUCUUUAUCUUCGAAGAGCCCUGGUCCUGAGGAGGAAAAGAAAGCGAAUGACAGAUCCCGCCAAAAGGUUCUUCAAAGUGACACCUCCCCCGGGAAGCGGGACCCACAACCAAUACGGGAAUGUGCUCUCCCUUUCCACACCCACGGGUAGCACGGCUACACAGAGACCCUUAGCUCUGACCGCCCCCAUCUCUUCUCACUCGCCCCCUACAACGCUCCUCACUCCAGGACGCUCCCUGCAAUGGGCUGCAGGCCUGGAGGCCGCAGUCCAGUCCUACGGAAACCCUUGCAGCGACGUCCAGGAGGCUGGUGCAGCGAGGACCCGGAGCCAGACAGAAGCUGGUGAUGGCCCAGAAGAAGAAGGGGAGGCCUAUGAGGAGCCGGACAGUGAGGAGGGCUCAGAGUUCUACGAGAAUGACUCCAACCUUGGGCAGGAUCAGCUCUCCCAGGAUGGCAGCGGCUAUGAGAACCCUGACGAAGGCGGGGCCUUGGGUCCUGAGGAUGAAGACUCCUUCUCCAAUGCAUCUGAGUCCUAUGAGAAUGAGGAUGAGGAGCUGGCCCAGCCAGUCGCCAAGACAAAAGACUUUCUGAGCCCCCAUGGGACAGCCUGGGACCCCAGCCGGGAGGCAGCAUCCCUUGGGUCCCAGUCCUAUGAGGAUAUGAGAGGGAUCCUGUAUGCAGCGCCCCAGCUCCGCUCCGUUCGGGCCCAGCCUAGUCCCAGUCAUGAGGAAGAUGCAGACUCUUAUGAGAACAUGGAUAAUCCCGAUGGACCAGAACCAGCAUGGGGAGGAGGGGGCCACAUGGGGACCUGGAGCACCCGGUGAUUCCCUUCAGCCUGGCCCUCCUCAGGUUCCUGAGAUCCACUGAAAUCUGGUGACCCAAAGCAGAUGAGGCCAGCCUUGAGCGACGUUGCUCAGGAUGUGAGAAUCUGUUUGUAUUCGUGUACACAAGUGAGACUUCCAGUUCCCUUUGCACUGGCCAAAUAAACUCUGCGAGUUCUUGCAA